GCCGGUCCUCUCCACUGAACUCCAACCCCCGCGCUCUCUAUCAGCAUCUCAUUCCUGUCUCAAUAUGUCUCAAGAUGGCGGCCAAUGCAGGAUCGAUGUUUCAAUAUUGGAAGCGCUUUGACUUACAACAACUACAGAAAGAACUAGACGCCACCGCCACACAGCUUGCCAACAGACAAGAUGAGAGUGAACAGUCCCGGAAGAAACUAAUUGAUCUGAGCCGUGACUUCAAAAAGAACACACCAGAGGAUUUACGAAAACAGGUUGCACCAUUACUCAAGAGCUUCCAGGGAGAGAUCGAUGCCUUGAGUAAGAGGAGUAAAGAAGCAGAGGCCGCCUUCUUGAACGUCUACAAAAAAAUUAUUGAUGUCCCAGAUCCUCUACCUGUGCUGGAGCUGGCUCAGCAGCUGCAGCUGAAGCUCCAGAGGAUGCACGACAUUGAGACAGAGAACAGCAAACUCCGAGAGACACUGGAGGACUACAACAAAGAGUUUGCAGAAGUCAAGAACCAAGAAGUCACAAUAAAAAAUUUGAAGGAGAAAAUUCGUGAAUAUGAGCUGUCACUAAAAAAUCAAGCGGAGAAUCUGGCCCAGGAAAAACAGUUGCAAUUACACAACGACUAUGCAGAAAAAGAGAGGAAACUUCAGGAGAGUCAGGACUCCAUGUCAUCAAGGUUGGAGGAGGCAGAACAUAAGGUCCAAUCCCUGCAGACAGCACUUGAAACAACUCAGGCCGAACUCUUUGAUUUGAAGACAAAGUAUGAUGAGGAAUCCACUGCAAAGGCUGAUGAAAUUGAGAUGGUGAUGACAGACCUUGAAAGGGCAAAUCAGCGGGCUGAAGCAGCUCAGAGAGAGGCGGAGUCACUCAGAGAGCAGAUGUCCUUGAGUAACCAAUCUCAGCCUCUCAAAAGCCCAGCCAAGGCCGAUACUGACAUGGAGCAAACAACCGAGGUAGCAUCACACUCAAAUCUGGAAGCAGAGCUCAGGGCCAAAGAGAGGGAGACUGCCCAGUUGGUGGAGGACGUUCAGAGACUGCAGGUCAGCCUGACCAAACUCAGAGAGACCACUGGCUCCCAGAUCACUGAGCUCGAGCAGCAGCUCAGCAGCAAGACUGCCGUUCUGAAGGAAUUGGAGGAGAAACUGCAGAACCAAGCUGACUAUGAGGAGGUGAAGAAGGAGUUGAGUAUCCUCAAGUCUAUGGAAUUUGGCACUUCAGACUCUGCCCAGGACUCCUCCAAACCACUAGAGGUGCUGCUAUUAGAAAGGAACCGUAGUCUUCAAUCAGAGAGUGCUGCUCUGCGCAUUGCCAACACCGAACUCAGUGGGUCAGCCGGGGGAAAAGGGACAGAAGAGCCUUUGCCAAAGGAGGAGAACAUGUCUGGCGACCCAUCUUCGUCCCCUCCUCCCCCUCUUUCUCUCCCCUCUUCUUCGCUCCCCCUGUCUCGUACUCAUACGGACACCCUCAACACUGCCACCUCAACCAGCAGCGAAUCGCACGCUUUCACUCCCACGGGCAUUGGACAGGACUUCUACUCGCCUGUGUUCCCUCUGGUGGGUGGUAAGAUGGCUUUGAACUCCCUUAUCCAACGGCAACUGCUCCAGACCUUCUACUCCAAAGCUUUGCAGGAGUCAUCUGGAAUCCCAAGUGGGGCACUCCUGUUCACCCCAUUCACUCCAGCUCUCAGCUCCAUCCCAACCUCCACACCUGGCUCUGCAGCUAUCCCUCUAGCCGCCAGCAGCCCCCAGCCUCCGCCUGCCAGCCCAGACAUGGCUCCUGUCAAUGGGAGCAGCACAGCUGGCAGCGCCCCCUCUCCUUCUCCAAGCCACUCGGACGCCACCAGCGGAAGUGUUCUGGAUGGGGAAGACAUGGAUACGGCUGAAAUCGCCCGACAGGUGAAAGAGCAGCUGAUCAAGCACAACAUUGGCCAGCGUGUCUUUGGCCACUAUGUGCUAGGACUGUCCCAGGGCUCUGUCAGUGAGAUAUUGGCCAGACCAAAGCCGUGGAAUAAACUAACUAUCCGGGGAAAGGAGCCCUUCCACAAGAUGAGGCAGUUCCUGGCUGAUGAGCAGAACAUCCUUGCACUGCGCAGCAUCCAGGGACGACAAAGGGAGGGCUCAGGCCAGCCCCAGCUUAGCCGAGUGUUUCAGGAUGUUCCGAAGCGGAGAACCCUUUCUGAUACAGCUUCACAUGCAGGAAAUAUUACAGCUCGUGUCCGUACACCAGAGGCAGGUUCAGAUGAGGCGAUCAAGUCCAUUCUGGAGCAGGCCAAAAGAGAACUGCAGGUGCAGAAAGCUGCAGACUUGUCCCACACUCAAACCUCAUAUACUGGACUUAAAGGAGGUGGAGGAGGCAGUGGCUCAGAUGAGGCUAUCCGCUCCAUCCUCGAACAGGCCCGAAGAGAAAUGGAGGCCCAGCAAGCAGCUCUAGAGCCUAUUCUCAAAGCAUCGUCUUCCUCAUCCCCUGCUCUGUCUCAGAGGGACCUCUUGAGCUCUCCCCUCACAGCCCCCCUCCCGCCUUACAACCCCCUUGCACUGUCUCUCAAGAAGCCUUCCAAUUCCAUUCUGUCUUCUCCUUCAUCCCCAUCACCGGUUCUGGACUUUAGCUCAAGUGGAAAAAGAGAAGGAAGGCCUUCUUCAGGAGUCGACAUGUCUGCCGAUGGAGCACUCAGGCUGGGACGUGAUGGUACAGUCCGCUCUGGAAGUGCUGGAGGAGUGGGUUACUGGAGAGAGCAGUGGUGGAGCAACAUGCACACUGAGCCUCGUAAGACAACAUCUGGCCAGACAGGAGAAGAGAACCACAACCAGGAAGACUCCAAAGAGGGAAUACUUGGUGAUAGUCUGUCUCGUCACAAACCCUGGAACAAGUUAAACCAGAGAAGCAGGGAGCCAUACCUUCGCAUGCAACCAUGGCUCAAUGGAGACCAAGGGCAAAAUGCACACAUCCAGCAAGCUCCAAAUCAAGAGGGUACUCCCAAAACAUCAGCCAGCUGCAGCCCUGCUCCAGAGUCACCCCUGAGCUCAGCAGAGGAGUCGCUCAAUGGUCUGGCUGGGGAUCCACUCACCUCACAGUCGUCCAGUGGUAAAGCCCCUUCCGAAGACCCUUCUGGAGGGGAGUCUCAGCCUGGUACUCCUCUGCCCAUACCUGGCCACUCUGGUCUAAGCAUCCAAGAAAUGGUCGCCAUGUCCCCUGAGCUUGAUACCUAUGCCAUCACAAAGAAGGUCAAAGAGGUGCUGACAGAUAACAACCUUGGCCAGCGCCUGUUUGGGGAGACUAUUUUGGGCCUGACUCAGGGUUCAGUCUCAGACCUGCUGGCCAGGCCCAAACCAUGGCACAAACUUAGUCUAAAGGGCAGGGAGCCCUUUGUUCGUAUGCAGCUCUGGCUCCAAGAUCCUCACAGUGUUGAGAAACUUAUGGACAUGAAACGCCUGGAGAAAAAAGCUUACAUGAAGAGGAGGCUGAGUUCUUUGAGUGAUGGGCAUUCAGUGGAUGGAAGUAUCAUUGGGCAAGACUACAUUCAGGGCUCACAGAGUCCAGGACAGCAGCAGCUGAAAAAACCAAGAGUAGUGCUGGGCCCUGAAGAGAAAGAAGCCCUGAAAAAGGCCUACCAGCAGAAACCCUACCCCUCACCCAAAACCAUUGAGGAACUGGCAUCACAGCUCAACUUGAAAACCAGUACAGUGAUCAACUGGUUUCACAAUUACAGGUCACGUAUUCGACGAGAACUCUUCAUAGAAGAGAUCCAGGCAGCUGGAGGGGUAGGGCCUGGCAGCGAUAGGGGCUCUCCUUCACUCCGAGGAUCCAAAUCAGGAGAGGGGGACAGCUGUGAUGGGACCGAGUCAGAAGGCGCAGGCCUUGGGCUGGAAGAUAAUAGAGGAGUGUGUAAAGACCAGGACAUGGAGGAUUCUGAAGCAGGGGCCUCCAAUAACUCCCCUGGCCAGACAGACUGCAGCACCCCCGGGCCUGGCUCCAGCUGUGGACAGGGUGGGCUGGCGCUCUUCAGCCUCUCAGAGGCUCCCAGUAGCUCUGCUCCCAGUACAAAUAUCCCAGCCUCUGGCCCAGCCAGAAACCCCAGGGACAACAAUCUGCGGAAGAAGAAAGCAGCCAAUCUCAAUAAUAUUAUCCACAGACUGGAGAAGGCUGCUAGUAAAGAGGAUCCUUCAGAGUGGGAGUUCUAGCUCCCUCUUCACCCCUUUCGUCUCAUAACCUCACAACCUCCUGCUCUGUUCCAUUUGGAGAGUGGACACAGCCAAAGUCAAGCUCAGCAGCCAUUUUAUUACAUUAAGCUUUCCUCAAAAAGGAAAGAAACAAAGAGUGGUUGGCAAAACCUUAAAAAGAAGAUUUACUGAAUAACUAGAAGAACAAAAUAUGAGAACUUGUCUCUCCUUUUUUUAAACUGAAUUUUGUUUUUGUAUUCAGAAAAGCACUUAGCCGUCCUGCUGGCCUUUGGCCCUGCUGUACCUCCCCUAUCACCAGCCACUGGUGCACCAGACUGGUUGGGCCUAUGCUCGGGUUUAACCCGCAGCUGGGCUGCUAACCUGGACUCAGUAAAACAGGCAAGGCCUGACACAGCAGCUGUCACAGUGAUAGACACUGAUAGAUGAUAGAUAGAGACAGGAACUCUCUUACAAGAACACUUACUUUCUUAAAGGAGAUUUAUCCGCUCUUCUCACCUCCCAAGUGUCCACAGACCUCCCCUCACUCAGUGAGAUGCCUCAUUUUCACACUGUAGAGUGACUGUUACAAACCCUUUGCCUUUUUCACUCACUGCGUGUGUGUGUCUGUAUGUUAGGGUUACGUCAGUGUGCACCUGUGUGUUCACGCGCCCAAAUUGUUGGGUGUGGUCUUUCUCAAAGGCAGCAUGUUAUACACUCUUAGAGGGUGGCAAAUAGACCGCCAGCUGAGCUGCCAUGGUUACUGAUUUUUUUAAAGGAACUUUAACCUGUUAUGACCCUUAUCCUUUUCUCCUGACAGCCAUAUAAUGGCCCAAAGGAUAUUCAUGUCCUCACAAACACAUGCACUCAUCUGAAGAGGAAGGCUGGAACUCUUUUUGCUUCCUUAAGCCUUUCCUCAAGAACGAAGGAUGAUCUCUUUUUUUAAUUAUUGCAAUUUGGUUGCCAAUAAGAGAUUGCACAGUCUGUUGACUCUAAAGAGUACAAAAUAGGGAAUUUUAGAAAAGCAUUUUAAUUAGUACAAAACAAAUGAACAGAAAUGUGAAAACAACACAUUAUUGUUAAGAAAAAAUUAAUUAGAGUUAAAUAAUAUUUCAUUCUUUCACAAUACUAUACUUCACAUAUUACUUUAGCUGUGCGACAUGGUGAUACCACACCUGUCACACACAGCACUGGACAUCUGAGUGUGUGCUCAAAGUUACUGUUCACAAUACACGUUAUAGGCCAAAUCAGGAAGAGAGAGAGUUUUUGUGGGUGUGUGUGUGUGUCUGUGUUUGUUUUUAAUGCCUGCAUGUACAAUAGGGUUGGGUUAAAUUCACUUUUAUGUUAAAAACAAUAAUACAGUGACUGAAAAAAUGGUUUAGUAAACGAGCUAGAAUAAACAGGAAUUUAUUAUUUUGUGUUAAGAAGUGGAUUAACCCCCACCCGUUGUAAGCAGUAACCACUCUCCUCCAGUCUAUCCUGUAUCCAGGGAUUUGAAUCUUUUAGCAUUGAAUUCUACUGUAUACACUACAAAUCAAAGGCAUAUCACCUCCUCCCUGUCCCACACAAGCCCUCAGUGCCUGUCAGCCCACUGCCUCCCCUGUGUGUGUGUGUGUGUGUGUGUGUGUGUGUGUGUGCGUGCGCGCGCACAUGCGUCAAGAUGCGUGUUUGCAAAGCAUGUGUGAUUGACGAGUGUUCAGUGUUUUUUUUAAUGUGUGGGGUCAUACUUCGUAUCUACUUGCACACACUACUAGUGCACAACUGACACCCUUCUUUAAGCUGUUUGAUGCGUUACCAUUACAUUAAUCUUCUCACAAAGUAGUGUAAUACUAUGAUUUACUGUAGUUUGGUUUUUAUUGCUUUUUUGCAUUUAUAGUUUGGUUUUUAUUCUGCUUAUUUAUAGGUGCUGUAUUUUUUCAUGUAAUGUCUUAUCAUUUGAGUUGUCUAUUAUUAAGGGAUUAUACUGUUCAGAGGGCAAGUAACAUUUUUAUUAGACUUAUAGACUGCCGGCAGUAUUGGUUAAUAUUUACAAAGAUGUACUAGUUCUCAUUUGUUUUGUAUAUUCAAGAGUCCUAAAGUUUAGUGUCAUUUCAAUUGCUUAUAAUGUUGUGAUUGCUACAUGCUCCCAUUAGCAUUAAGCUAACAAUACAGUUGUGCUCUUAAAUUGCUUGGUAGAGUAUCAAAAGACAUAUCAAUCUUAGUGCGAUAGCUUUUCUCUCUUCAGUUCUAAUCUCCAGGUAUAAUUUUGGAUGACUGUGCCCAAUGCCUAAAACUUAGCAGGGCUUGCAGUUUUAUUGCAGAAUUUACCCAUAAACUGUUAACAUUUACAUGUUUUAGAAGGUCCAAAUGUGUACAUGUUGAAAAGGUCAAAUGAAAUUAUCUAAACUUGAGAAUACAUUUUCACUUGAAAGGUCAUAUCUGCCAAAUUGAGAUUAGAGAAGUGUACCAGCGAGCAGGUGUGCUACGCCAGAUUGAACAGAUAGCCAGCCUAUGAUUAUGCAGAAUUUGUAUAGCAGUCUGUAACAAAGCACUUAGGAUCUUUAUGAAGAUUUAUUCUGGGACAGGGUCCAUAAACACUAUCACUAAGUAUAAUCCCAAAAUGCUGGGAUAUAUUUGCCUUUAAACGUGGUUGUGAACCAAGCACAGACACAGUAUCCCAACACUAAAUAAAUAUUAUGCUCUUGCUAUGUUGAAGUAGAAUUUAUGAAGCCACCCUCACUUCAGAGCAUCAGAUACACAGUACAGGCAUACUCAUUGGCCUUGAUUUUCAUUUUCUAAUUUUUCCAUGUCAGUUUCUUGUGUAAUCGCGCAAAUUAGGACCCUUCCCUUAAAAUAUACACACAUCAGAUUAUAAUUCAUUACACUGGUAACAGAUCUAUUGGUCAAAUUGGAUUUUGUAGUGUGUCUGAUAUUUGUAAAUCCCUGAAGCAUAUGCUCUUCCUGUGGACGGCUGAUGUAAAACAUGAGUCUUCUGCAAACUAAAGGCAUGUCGCCUUCUGCUGGACUGCUUGAACUGAUUAACCACCGUGUGUUUUAUGGUGAUAAAUAGCUACUGUAAAAUUUAAGCACUUGACCUAUUUUAUCUAAUCCAUCAACUCAUCUCAACCACAUGAGAUCAUCAGAUUUGUGCCUUUAACUGCCAAGCAGGGCACCAAACUAGUGAUGUCAUUAGACUUUCACCUCAGUUGUCCAUAUUCAAUAUGUAUCCACACACGACUCAAGUAAACAUUUCUCAGCUCUCUGGAGAGGGGUGUAUAUACCAACAAACUGCAGAGCGCAGUGAAAAAGCAACUUCAACAUAUGACUGACCUGAAGACAUGCUUUGGUCCAGGUCUUAUUUCAGACAGUCUCCCACAGUGCAUUUCUUCUGUUGUACAUAUCUAGCAUCGAAAGGCCAGAGCAUUGAAUGAAGGAGGAAGCAUGCAGAAACAGCGUACACUGUAAUAACACUGAAUUUCUUCAUAGGGCAUUUUGUAUUUUUCUGUUUGUGUCAGGUUUGCUGUGACAUUUAUAAGGGCACUACAGGUAUUAAUAAAAGGUGUGCCAAUUGUAAUGGUUAUUUGGAAAAGAGAGGUGUAAAUACCGUCGCUCCAGUAGCUAUUGAUUCACUUUUGUCACGGUAUGCUUUUGUUUGAAGGCAGGAGAGAAGGGACGAUUCAGGACUUUUCCAUAAUCCAGAUAUUUUUCUACAAAUUUAAAUCAGAUUAAUCUAUACACUGUUGAAUAACAUUGUAAAGGUGUAACAGAUGCUGUAUAUCAUUAUCUUGUUUUCUGAAGUCGUAAAGCUUUACUGUAUGAUCUGUUGAAGUAGUGGUUAUUCAUUGACAUUAGUUGUAAUGGAAGCCCGAGCAGCAGCACUGGUCACCAUAUUCAGGAAAAAAGAAAGACGAACCUCAGACGUUUUUGUAAUACUUUUGAAAUAUAACUUAUGAAGUGGGUUUUAUAAGGAAACACUUUCCGAAUUAGUGGUGCUAUAUACAUGGCACACUCAGUAAUACAUACACGUGUGAUACAGCACAAUGAUCUCACCCUCUAACUACCCCUUCACUUGCAAAUUGGCUCCAGCUAACUUCAAGUCUUAAACCAUAUCCUUUCAUUUGUUCAGUUGUCUCUACUGUACAGUUUAACAUUUCACUGAAAACUUGUAAGACUUAAAAGAGUGAGCAAAAAGCCAAAAAGUGAAGUAGUUGUCCACUUCUGUUGAAAUAUUGCUGACACUUUUCUGUGUGUUGCUACCUAGUGUCGUUGCUUCAGUUCACCCAGGGCUUCAAACACAGUGUAGUCUGAACCAAAAGACCUGGGGACAAGCUCACCCCACCCCUUGGAAAGCUUUAAAAUGCUUGUUGAGGCUUUAGCAAGUUCAGAGUGUUUUUAGACUAUUUCCCAACCUGUCAUCAACAAUGUUGAAGUAAUAAUUGUCAUAACCUCUCCACUGCUUUCUUGGUGCGUUUGCGAGUCUGCGUGUAUGUGUGUUGUAGAUCAAAAGGCUGCAUGACUGUAAAGGGAUGAUUUCAAUGUUUUUGAAAGCUGUUUCCUUAGCACUUCUGUCACUCCUGAAAAACUUAUUUUCUCUUUGGGGUUUCCCAUCUAUUGUUUUUCUUCAUGUAUCAUUGUUUCCUUAUCUUUAUAUUUACUAAAUGUACCAUGUUGUUUGUUCUCAGCACUGUAAAACAGUCCCUUUUACGACAUUGAAAAGCAAUAUCACUGUAUGAAAUGUUCACAAUGUAUUUGUUAUGAUUGACAUUUGAUUCAUCAUCAUUAUUCACAUGCACCCUAGGUGUGAUAAUUGAAGUAAAUCUCUUUUAUACAAA